CAGAGUUCUUUAAAAGAGAAAAUCGGAAAAACAAAUAAUAAUUCAGCAAAACCAAACACACAAACAAGUAAGAAAGAAAACACAUCAUCAAAUCAAGAACAACCACCAGAAAUUGGUUUCCUCUGAAGCCCAUCAACACACUUUCGCUUUCGCUUUCACUCGAAUUGGUUUUAAUCACUGACCUUGCUCACAAACACUCAAUUGUCUCUAUUUUCUUACCAUCAAAACUAGAACCAGCUAUUUACUCGAUAUAUGCAUCAAUGACCCACAAUUUUUGCCCUCUUUUCCUGCACUUAUACGUGGGAAGCUUUAAACUUUUGGUGUGUGAUUCUCGAAAAGAAUGCUAACUGGGUUUACUAGAUCGUGCCCAGAUCUUGACAUUUUCUGAUCGGGCUUAAUAGUUGGGAACCCUUUGUAAAAUUGGUAUGGAAUAGAAACUCGAGAUGAGAAUUCCUUUGCUUCCUAUAGCAGAACUACAUCAACCAUACAUGUUUAGUUUCUGUAGUAGAGAAGAUAGCGAGUUGAAGGGGCAUAGAUUCUCACUUGAGUUGCACAGUGCCCAGAAUUGGUAUUAUGAUUGGUUCCCCACAUAUUAUCUACAUCCUUUACCAUUAAUGGUGUGACUUUGGAUUCUGAUAAUUGAUUGGCGACUGCUGUUAAGUUCACUUUGAAGAGGGUUGUCUUUGGUGGUUCUAGGCAAUGAUUAAAAAUAUUCUCAAUAAGCUUCCACGGAAACAGACCAAGUUUGGGGAAAACCGUGAUGGAGGAUCAUCUACUUUCUCGUCAAAUUCAUCAACUAAUUCGAGAAGUAAUUAUGCUAUGGGCUCCCGGACAGCCAAUUCAAAUGCUACAGUUCAGCCCGGGAUGAAUUCAACUCCGAACUCUGGUUUAAAUCAUGGAAGCAGACUUCAUGACCCAUUAAAUACAAGGGUAAAUGGGAGUGCAGGACCUGUGCCAUAUGAGGCUCUGCCUGGUUUUAGAGAUGUCCCAAAUGCUGAGAAGCAAAACUUGUUUAUCAGAAAGUUGAGUUUGUGUUGUGUGGGUUUUGACUUCACUGACCCCACCAAGAAUUUGAAAGAAAAAGAUAUCAAAAGGCAGACAUUGGUGGAGCUUGUUGACUAUGUCUCUGCAGCAACUGGGAAAUUCAGUGAAACAGUUGUGCAAGAGGUUGUAAGAAUGGUAUCUAUAAAUUUGUUCCGCACACUCUCUACUCAGCCUCGUGAAAACAAAGUGUUAGAAGGCUUUGAUUUGGAGGAAGAGGAGCCCUUAAUGGAUCCUGCGUGGCCUCAUUUGCAAAUUGUCUAUGAAUUCCUUCUCAGGUUUGUAACUUCCCCUGAGACAGAUGCAAAGCUGGCGAAGCGCUAUAUUGAUCACUCUUUUGUUCUAAGGUUAUUGGAUCUCUUUGAUUCAGAAGAUCCUAGAGAAAGAGAGUACUUGAAGACUGUCCUGCACCGCAUAUACGGGAAGUUCAUGGUGCAUCGCCCAUUCAUUAGAAAAGCAAUAAACAAUAUAUUUUACCGUUUUAUUUUUGAGACAGAGAAGCAUAAUGGGAUUGCUGAACUGUUAGAAAUUUUGGGAAGCAUUAUAAAUGGAUUUGCGUUGCCAUUGAAAGAAGAGCACAAACUUUUCCUUGUCCGCGCACUGAUUCCACUUCACAAACCGAAGUGCAUACCCAUGUACCAUCAGCAGCUAACUUAUUGCAUCACACAGUUUGUGGAGAAGGACUGCAAACUUGCUGACACAGUUAUAAGGGGCUUACUCAAAUAUUGGCCAAUUACAAACAGUUCAAAGGAGGUCAUGUUCUUAGGUGAGCUAGAGGAAGUGCUGGAAGCAACUCAGGCCCCCGAGUUCCAGCGUUGUAUGGUUCCUUUGUUCCGGCAGAUUGGUCGUUGCCUGAGUAGUUCACAUUUUCAGGUGGCAGAAAGGGCUCUCUUUUUAUGGAACAAUGAUCACAUUGAGAACCUAAUCAAGCAAAAUCGUAAAGUUAUACUGCCAAUUAUUUUUCCUGCAUUGGAGAAGAAUGCAAGAAACCACUGGAAUCAGGCAGUGCAUAGCUUGACGCUUAAUGUCCGCAGGAUCUUCUCUGAUGUGGACGCAGAGCUAUUUGAGGAGUGUCUGCUCAAAUUCCAAGAAGAUGAAGCACAGGAAGAAGAAACUAAGAAGAAACGUGAAGAAAGGUGGAGACGUUUAGAGGAUUUAGCCACAAUGAAAGCCUCAAGUAAUGAAGCAGUGCUUGUUCCUCUCAAGAUCAGCACUUACAAGCCGUCUGGCUGAAUGGAGUUUUGUCUACUGUGUCUUGAGUAUAGGUCAUGGAUGGGUUUCUUGGGCUUGGAGGUGGAACUAUGAAAGAAAGCGCGUGUAUUUCUUGAUUGCUUUCCCGAAUUUUGAAAUCCCGUCAGGUCAAGCGGGCUAAAUGGUCAUGAUCAGGCUUGUUUUGACAGAGAAACAGGGAAUGUACAUACAGAACCAGGCCGCCAAGUGCAGGAGCUUAUAGUUUCUUCGCUGCAUGUUACAUGAAGGAAAUUUAUCAGCGAAACAACACUUUUUUUCAUCCUUAGCUCUUAGAAUGAUGUUGAAAUUAAGACUUGUAUUUGCAGCCUGUCUAUGGAUUUUGUCGACUGGGUUUCAUUUUAUGUACUCUAAUCUUCAAUCAAGUACACAUGACAUGAUAAUGGCGCUCCAGAUUAACUCGAAGCUUCAUUACUUUCUUCGUCCUCGUAGUCGUCUUGCCCUUCUUUUUUCUCGUUUCCUCUCCCACCUGCUGCAUUAAUUGUAAUAGAUAGAACAGUAAAAAGAGGUACUGUCCUUGGGUGUGUACUGUGAUUGAACUUUGUUAUAACUUGUAUCCAUCUCAAA